GACAAAAUAAAUAAAUAAAUAAAUAGAGAAAAACAGAGGGCACGGCAAAGACUCCUGGCGUUUGAUCGAUCUUGUUGGCGAAUCCCAAGAUGCAUAUACAGCUCUCGUGAAUCGAUCUAGCUCCUGGUGAAAUCAAGCAAAGCCAGCGAAGAUCCAUGGCGGCGGCGCUUCGAUGUGCGGCCAGAAGGCUCGGUGGCUCCCUGCUCCAGAGGCCAAAGGCAGCAGUCAUGGAGGAGCCACGCUGGCUCGGUGGCCCCCUGCUCCAGCGAACGCAGGCUGCGGUUGCGGAGGAGCGGCGCCGGCUCGUGCCAAGCGGGUUCAUGCACUCCCGCCCGCUCUCCAGCGAGGCUGGCAACGUCGCGGUUCGAUGCACGGCGAGGAUGCUCGGUGGCUCCCUGCUCCAGCCUGGGCCAACGCCGGCGGCGGUCACGGGGGAGCGACGCCGCCUCAUGCCAAGCAGCCUCAUGCACUCUCGUCAGCUCUCCAGUGAGCAUGCUCGCCAGACCCAGAAGGAAAAGGCGCUACGUGACUUGCUUGAGCAGAGGAAGGAGGAGCUGCGUGAAAGGAUAGCUAAGAGGGAGAAGAUUCGCACGACUACAGGACCACCAAAAUACAUUGAGUUGACCGUGACGCUGUUGGUAGUUAUUCUUGGUGUUAUGAUGGGUCUGGCCGAAGCAACUGCCAUGUUGAUAUUUUACCUUUUUCUUUUAAUUCUUAUUUUUGGUGACGAUAGCAAGAAGGGAGAAGAAGAACAGGCUGUUACCAAGGAGGAAAACCAGUGAAAACAAGCUCAAACAAUAAGAACCAGAGAUAGCCCCAGCUUGUUUUCAGUUUAUGAACUUUCCAUUUUGGCCAUCUAGGUGGUCUAUAAAUCUGGAUGUAAUUUUUAUUAUUUUUGAUGUCCGUUGUACUACCAUGAUUGAAGAUGAAUAGAUUGAAAGUUUUCU